AUGUUUGCAGUGAGCUACAAUUUGACUCUGAAGACCUACCUGCCUUCAUAUCCCGACGUUCCGGAAAACAAGAAUUUGACUCUUGAAGGUGAAGUCGAAAUAAUGGUUGAAGUGCAUAAAGCAAUCAACCAAAUCGUUCUUCACAUGGAACGUCUAGAAUUAAUCGAAGAGAAGUGCGAAGUGUUGCUGGAACCUCAAGGAGACUCGAGUGAGCGAAUCAUACCCAUUAGGGGUAUUGAGCUGAACAAUCACAUUGAGGUUGGCGUCAUUCGACUCACUGAAGUUAUAAAUGCAAACAGCAAACUCAAAAUUAAA